AUAUACAUCACACCCAUUUGCUUAGCUUUUUUUCGAUAUGACUGAAGCUGCAACACUUUGCACUUCUCCUCCGUCGUCAAACUCACCGGAAUAAUCUCUCCGCCGCCGUGAUAAUACAUCACAAAAAACAUUUCCACCACCGUUUGAGUUAAAAGGAAGACUUUUUUUGGUGUUUGUUCAAAAGGGUUGUUCCAAUUUGUAUAAAAGUUUCAUCUUUUGUGCCUAAGAUUCAUAAUUUCUACAUCUUAGUUUUUUUUUUCCUUAAUUGAAAAGAAAAAACAUUAUGGGACUUGAGGUUUUGCAAUUGUCACAUAAUGUUUUAUCUCAUUCACCAUCUUCAUCACAAACACUAGCUUCAGCAAUUUCAUCUCCAUCAUCCAAACUACGAAACAAGUUCGUGGGUAAUUCAUUACCCACGAAUUUGUUUCGAUCCACCAAUUUUGUUCUUCAUAGGUCUCGAUCUUUGGAGAACCCACUUUCCACCAUUACAAGAAGAGGAAGAAGAACAAUAAGAAGAGCUUUCAGUGCAAGCUUAGAUUCAUUCUUCUCAGACGAAGAAUUCGCGAAGAAAAUUGAAGAUUUAGCUCUCAGAUUCCAAAUCUCCAAUGAAAACAAUGCAAUUAUGGAUUUGGAAAGUUUUGAAGAGAGUUUAACUUCCUCUUCUGGUUCUUCCGGUUCUUCUGGUUCUCUGGCGGUUAAUUUUGAGCCGCCAGAGUUUAUACCAGCGAUAAUUGAACGAAAAGCGAACAGCGUGGAGUUACCGUUUUCGUUGAGAAUCAUAAAACAGAAACUGAAACUGAAGGAAGAAUUUAGAGAUGUUGGUGAAUCAGCAUGUUGUUCAGUGAAAAAAGCUUUCUCUUCUAUGGUGUUCAUCAUUAGAGAGCUUCAAUGUUUCACUUUACAAAUGAGAGAGGUUCUUUUGUAUGAAGAUUUACAAGGAAUUCUUGAAAGAGUGCAAAAGGAAAUGCAUGCUUCUUUUGUUUGGUUGUUUCAACAAGUUUUUUCACAUACACCAACGUUAAUGGUUUAUGUUAUGAUACUUCUUGCAAAUUUUACUGUCCAUUCUAUGUCAAGUAACAACGCUAUAGCGGCUGUUGCACCCCCGCCAGAGACUUCUUCGAUCGUCGAAGUUCACAAUGACAAUCACGUCUUUAAGAAAUUUGAUUCAUCUAUUAUUAAAACAUUCUCCGUGAAUGGAAAUAAUACUGCCUCCGUUGAUGGAGGAAGUGGCCGCGGUGGGAAAUAUAAACCGGUGGGAAGUGGAUUUGAUGGGGAUGGAAGAACCGGUUUUUCUAAUGGUGGUGUUUAUAAAACCGGGGAAACUGAGGUGGAUGAAGAAGAAGAAACUAAGCUAUGGGAAUCUAUGGUUGAAGAGGCUAAUAGAAACGAAGAAGGAUUGGAUCAUGAAGCAAUGAAACAAUUUGUUUCACCGGUUUCUGCUAAGAUUGAAUCUGAUGAUUAUGCAGAGUAUUUGAGAACAGAACUUGUUUAUCAAACAGGGUUGUCUCAAGAACCAAACAAUGCUUUGUUACUUGCUAACUAUGCUCAGUUUCUUUACAUCGUUGCACAUGAAUUUGACAGGGCAGAAGAAUACUUCAAGAGAGCUAUAGAAGUGGAGCCACCAGAUGCUGAAGCUUAUAAUAAAUACGCAACCUUCUUAUGGAAAGUGAAAAAUGAUUUGUGGGCUGCAGAAGAGACUUAUUUAGAGGCUAUUUCAGCUGAACCUAGCAACACAUAUUAUGCUGCAAAUUAUGCUCAUUUUCUAUGGAAUACUGGUGGAGAAGAUACAUGUUUUCCUCUAUCUGAUUCUUCUCAAGAAGUUUGAGUUUAAAAUCCAUAAUAAUCAAGUAAAACAAGAUCAAAAUUGGGGGGAAAUAUAUAGAGGAGAGAAAGAGAAAAAGAAAAAUGCAAAAAUUUUGUAGCUUAUAUCUUUUUUCAAUCUUUUGAUUUUUUUUCUUCCGAUGGGGAUGGGUUGAGGUGAAGAUCAAAGAAAGAGAUGGAAUAAUCAUAUGAAUAUUUGUACAAUUGUAAUUAUAUAACUGUACAUAACUCUUACAGUGAAUCUUUUUGAUUUUAUGGUACAUGUUAAUCUUUGAUUAA